CAACAUCAUGUUGUGCUUUUUGCAGAUCUUUCAGCAAAGAGUGCGUCUGUUCCUGAUGAACUUGGUGCCUGUGGACAUUCCAGAACAUCGAGCUAUGCAAGCCAGCAGUCCAAAGUAUCAGGGUACAGCUCAUGUCACUCCCGAUCAUCUAGUUUCUCCGAGUUCUGCCACCGGAGAAACACUUCGGUGGGAAGUACCUCAACAGGAAUUGAAAGUAUCCUCGAGCCAUGUGAUGAAAUUGAGCAAAAACCAACUGAAUCAACUCUUGAUACGGCUGAUAAAGAAGAUACAAACUCUGAAAAGCUCAACAGAUGUCCGAUGAAACAGGACUCCGUAGAAUCUCAGCUGAAACGAGUGGAUGACACCAGAGUGGAUGCAGAUGACAUUGUGGAGAAAAUACUGCAAAGCCAAGACUUCAGCCUCGACUCCAGUGCAGAAGAAGAAGGACUGAGAUUAUUUGUGGGGCCUGGUGGAAGUACAACUUUCGGCAGCCAUCAUCUUCCCAACAG